AUGAUCAUAAUACAACAAUAGACGUUGCAUUUAAAGAAGAUAACUUAUUGGUAAUUAUUUCAUAUCCAGAGUUUUUAUGAAAAUAUGCAAAACUAUAUAUAAAUUAUUUUAGGUUAAGGAAAAUUCUAUUUAUGGCACAAUUGUGGGUCAGAUACAAGUGAACAAUGAAACUCGAUCACAUGAUUUUCGUGUAGUAUUAUUGAAUAAUGACGAUGAACGAUUUUUAAUCAAUGAUGAUGAUCAACUUAUUGUAAGUACAUCGUACAUGAUAUAUUGUACUGAAGUAGAACUGAUUUAUUAGAAAGUUGCAUAGGGCAGAAUAAAAAAGAAAAAAUGCAAACGAAUAACAUCGAUACAUGAAAAGAAAAAGAAAUGUUAACAUCAAAGAAAGACAAUGUACAAAAUAUAAUCUAUGAAGCAUAAAAUCGUAAAAGAAAACGAGUGAAAAAUAAAUAUUUUGAACAACAAAACUUAAAAAACUAAACUAGAGACUAACUGUGCUAUGCAAAGAUUGAAAAGUCGACUGAAUGAAACGAUCAUCACUGAAUAAAGUUAGAACAGUCAUAAAAUUUUGAUUAGAUAAUCGGAUAUUUACGUCUUAUACAGCGCUCAGAAAAUAACUGCACUAAUGUUACAGCUGUCCAACUGAUUCUUCAUGCUAUAUGCUUUACAGUGUAAUAGU